AUGGCCACGCUGGUGGAGGUUGCCAAACACGGCAGCGCCCUGCACGUGGAUGCAGCCGUGCAGAAACUUGCUGGACAACUAAACAAACCCAGCAACAGUGAGGUCUACCCGCUGCAUGUAGCUGUAUGGCGCAACCACCUGACCAUCAUUGAGCGCCUGCUGGAAGCCGGCGCCUGGACGCACUGCACGGAUGGCGAGAGCGGCUGGCGGGUGCUGGGGGCCGUCAGGGCGGGUGGCGGGGAGUCGUGUUCCGGGGUGGGGGGCCUGUGCCUCGGGGCGGGGGCCUCCGUGGAAGCGACUGACUUGCAGGGCCGCACCCCUGUGGACCUGGUGUCCUCAGAGCUCCGUAGGAUGCCCUCCGAGGGAGCUGGUCGCUGCAGUGCCAUUUACAGCUGGGGCAGUGGCGCCAACUACCAGCUGGGAACGGGUGAAAAGGGGGGGGUCGCAGAGGUCCUAACUGUCGUGGGGGAAAGCGCAGGAGGUUCCACCGACUUCCACCUCAACCCGUUGCGGGUGGAGGCACUGCAGGGUCUGGGUGUGGUGGCCGUAGUAGCUGCCAAGUUCCACAGCGCCGCGCUCACUGCUGACGGGCGGCUGCUGACCUGGGGCUGGGGCCGCGGCGGCCGACUGGGCCAUCCCGACUACAACAUCCACAGCGGCGAGUCGGCUCUAAUUCACCCCUGGCAGGUGGCGGGUCUGGGUCGGCGGGUGGUGGUGGCGAUGGCGGCGGGCAAGCACCACAUGCUGGUGGCCACGAGUGCUGGCGAUGUGUGGAGCUGGGGGGGAAACCGGGAUGGGAAGUUGGGCUACCCCAACGUGGACACGCAGCCCACACCAAGAAAGAUUGACUUCAAGGGUCGGGCGGUGCUGGUGGCUGCUUCCAACCGCCACAGCGCGUGUCUCACCAGUGCGGGGGAGGUGUGGACGUGGGGAGCGAACAACGACGGGCAACUGGGCUACGGCACCAACAACUCCGCCAACAACCCGACACCCCGUGUGGUCGAGGCCAUGAAGGGCAAGGUGCUGGUGGGGCUGUCCCUGUCCAAGCGCCACACCGUGGUGGUGUCCGCAGAGGGGGAUGUCUUCACGUGGGGCCACCGAGUGGUCACCCCGCGCAGAGUGCAGCUGGCGGGCUGCAGGGAUACCGCGAGGCUGGCGGCAGUGCAGCUGCAACAGCUGCAACAGGCCGGCGGAGGCGGACCUGGGCCGCCUGUGGCAGCAUCGGCGGCGGCGCCUGCGGCUCCGCUGCCGUUGCCGGCGCUGCCUGCGGCUGCUGCUGCCGCGGCCGCCGCCGCUCCCUGCGGUGGCGGUGGCCUUGAAGUUCGUUUCCACCGCAAUCACAAUGAGGUGGUUCGGCCUGAGGCCGCGCUGGCUGCUGCGGGUUACUCGCACACAACGGUGGUGACCCGCAGCGGGGAGGUGCUGUGCUGGCGCAGUGCAGAUCCGGCUCUGCGGCCGCAGGAGGUGGCGGGGCCGCUGGCAGGCAAGUGUGUGGUGGCGGCGGCGGCGGGCAAGACGCGCACAGUGGUCGUCACGGACACGGGGCAGGUGUAUAUGUGGGAGUGCAAGGAACCCCAGCACCAGCAGCAGCGCGCGACACCAGGCGGCGGCGGGGCCGCGGGCGCCGGGGCAGGCGGGGGUUUUGGCUCUGCGGGUGCAGGGGCCAAGGGCACGGAGGCUGCGGCGGCACCUGGAACAGGAGGCAGCGGGACUGGAGCUGCCAGUGGGGCGGCGGCGGCAGCAGUGGCGGCGGCGGGAGGUGGUGGCGGCGGUUCCGGAGCCGGGGCGGUGACGGGCCAGAGCGGGGCCGGUAUGGGCACGGGGGAGGAGGCACAGAUCGUGCCGGUGCGCGUUACAGGGCUGACGCGGGUGACCCAGGUGGCUGUGGGGGAGAAGCACACGCUGGCCCUGCAGGCCUGGUCGGUGCCCCCCAUUCCCGACGAGCACGGCGUCAUGCCGGGGAUGCAGCGGCACCGUCGCCAGCGGCGCAGCGGUGCCAGCGGCAGCGGAGGCGAUGGUUCGAGCAGCUCCGGCUCGGAUGAUGAAGUAUGCGGUGGCGGUGGUGGUGGCCGCUGGUGGAGGUCGGGGGGGAACUCCUUCCGUGCGGGCGGAGCAGCCGCCGCCGCCGCGGUCCCGGUCGGGUCGCUGACGCGGGGCGGUUCGGGCUUGGGGUCUUCCGUCGGGACGGGCUUCACGCCGCCGCCGGGUUCUAGUCCAAUGGCCCGAUCAUUCGGUACCAGCUUAGACCUGGUCCCUAGUCCCUUAGCAGCAGACCGUGCCGCGGCCGCGGCGGUAGCGGCAGCGGGAGGAAAUCUUACGGGUUUCUUUGCCGUGGGCCCCCGACGGCGGGGUGAUGCGGCCGCCGCACUGGCAGCGAUUGAUGAGCCGGGGCCCCCCGGCUGGGAGCUCUUCAGUCACAGAACCGGGGGGGAGCCAGGUGCAGGUGCGCCGUCGUCACCUUUGGCAGGUGCGCGGCGGAGAAGCGCUGGAGGCGGCGGCGGCUUCCCCUACGACGGCGACGACAUGUUUGGCUUCAACGACGGCGACAGCGUCCCUGGCGCGCGUCGCACUCGCGGCGGCGGUGGUGGUGGUGGUGGUGGUGGUGGUUCGGUGCCGUCGCUACAGGUGCUGUGCCAACGCUUGGUGGCGACGCAGCUCGUGGAGCCGCGUACGGCACUGCCCAUCUUGGAGUAUGCGGAUGUAGCCGGCGCGGCGCUACUGCGGUGCUACUGCCUAGCCGUGGCUGUAGCCAAUUUGGACUGUACGUUGCUGGAGGCGCCCGGCGGCCUCAUCAGCCUUCCUUCGCAUCUAUUGGCGGAGCUGGAGCACCUCUAUCGCGCCGUGCUGCUGGCGCCGGCGCCGACAUCGCACCCGCAAGGCUCAUUGCCGGCGUUAGGCAGCGGCGGCGGCGGCGGCUCAGCGGAGGAUAUCCUAGGAACCAGCCCACCUAUUAUCAAUACUGCACUGCUGCAGAUGGGCCGACGGCCGACGGCGGCGCCGGCCUGGCUAGAAGGCGCCUCCGCGACAGACCGCAUGACGCCGCAGGCCAGCAGCCGCUUGGGGGCUGCGGCGUUGGCAGCGUUGGCCGUUGUCGGACACGGCGCUGCGCCGCAUGGUUGCGCCGAGCGGAGUGCGCCGCCCCGCAGUGGCAACGGCGGCGCAAACCUAGCGGCUGGCGCCGCCAGCGAUUCCGGUGGCGGCGGCGGCGAGGCAGUAAGCGAGGUGCAGCGGCUGGCCCGCAACCUGCAGCGCAAGCUGCAGCAGAUCUCAAGCCUGGAGGAGCUGCAGCGUGGGGGACGGCAGCUGGAUGCGCAGCAGCACGCUAAGCUGAGCCAGCGGGGCGCUCUGCAGGAAGCGCUGAUGGCCUUGGCUGCGGGAGCUGCUGUGGAGUCGGUGAAGCAGGCCAUGGCGCACAGCGCCGAGGUGGCAAGCAAGCUGGCAGCAAGGCCGGACGCGGUGCAAGCGGCGACGGCGUCUGCGUCGGGAAGCGGUGGCGACGGCAGAGCCGGCGGCGGCUGGGCCCGUAGCUCAGGGGGGAAUGCUAGUGGGGCUGGUACGGCGCCGCUGUCGUCGCAGCCUGGUCAGCAGCAGCCGGGAGGCAGCAGCGGCGGACCCGGGCGGAAGCGAAGUACGAAAGAAGCUGGCGGCGGCGGCGGCGGCGAUGGGUCAUCGGAGCCCCUCACAGUAACACCGACAGCGGUGGCGGCGGCGACGGCUACAACAGCUUCGGUCACUGACAGCACGGUCAACUCCACCACGUUUUCGCCCGCAACCACCGCCGCUGGCGCUAGCAGGGUGACCACCACCACCACCAUUUCCAGCAGCAGCAGUCUUGGUAACGCCCCAACCACACCGGCAACAGCGGUGAUGACGGCGGUCGUAAGUGGCACGGGGCCCGCCAGGAAACAGCAGCAGCGCCGCGGCGCGCUGUCCGUGUUCCUGUCGGGAGCUCUCGACCAGCCGCUGAGUCCGCCACCGGCCGCGUCGCCGCCGCCGCCGGUCGCUGCCGCCGCUGCACCCAAGGCGCCAGCCUGGGGUGGCGCGAAGCUGCCGGCCACACCGCCGGGUGGCAGCAGCCUGCGGGACCUGCUCUCACAGCAACCCACUUCUUCGGCUGCCACGGUAGGGCCGCUGCAGCAGCAACCACAGCAGCAGCAGACGGCAGCAGCGGCAUCGUCACAGGCGGCGCCGUCUCGCAGCUCGGCUGGACUGGGACUGGCGGCCACGCCGGCAACGACAGGCGCGUCCGCUUCGAGCUUCCCCAUCGCCACGGCCGCCGGUGCUGCGCCAGGCGGGCGCAAGCCGACGUCCUCUCCUUUCACCACCGCGGUGCCGAAGGCAGCCGCCUCCAGCCCCGCCAUCGCUUCUCCGGGCCCCGCGGCGGCGGCCGUGAAGGCUUCACCAAUUGCGGCAUCUGCCGGUGGUGGCGGCGGCGGUGGUGGCGGCGGUGGCGUUAAGCUCACGUUAGCGGAGUUCAUGUCCGGCAGGCCCAUAACCGCGCCGUUGCAGGUGGCGAGUCUGCGAGGUCGAGACCAGGAGGGGGAGAAGGAGCCGGCGGGUCCCGCGUGGGGCGGUGUGCAGGGCGGCAGUCCCGUGGGUGCCAAGUCGCUGCUGGAUAUUCAAGCUGAGCAGGCCCUGGUGCAGAAGCGAGCCGCAGCCAGCUGGGCCAGGCAGGGGGUGCCCGGCGGCCCGGGGGGAGGGCUGGGGCCCGGCGGCGCCUCCGCCACGCCUAACGCAGUUCCCGGGGGACCCGCGGCAAUUGGAGCAGUGGCAGCAGUUCCUGCGGGCACAUCUCCCCCAGUGGGGCGCUCCCUGCUAGUGGGCUUGACGCAGGCCGGCGCUCCACCUCUGCAGCAGCAGCAGCCCAGCAAAUGGUACGUGCCGGAGCAAUGUCAACCGGCAGUAGCGGCCAAGCCGCUAACCGCGAUUCAGACCGAGGAGCGGGCGAUUAAGGAGAUCACUGCACGCUACGGCGGGCGUGUAGUUGCGCGAGUAGUGCCGUACAACGCCGUGGAAGCGCCCACGCCGUCUGCAAGCUCCCUGGCAGCCAGCGCUGGGACAGGCGCGGGCUGCGGUGUGGCGGGGGAAACAGCCUCAGGCAGGUUGUCCAUGCCAGCUGCUAGCGGCCAUGCUGGAAGCGCCCUUGCCGCAGCAGCCAGGUCCAAGCAGAAAGCUGCCAAGGGGAAUACGUCGUAAGCUGUCAGCAUAUUCGUGUUCCAAAUUAGGGCGGUAGAAUUUACCAACUGGUACAGAAAUGCUGUAUGCUGCUGUCGUCGCGAUUGGUGCUUCCUGGUCUGCGUGACUCCCCUGGCAUGCGACCGGUGCAGCGGUUGGUCCGUUGCCAUUGCCUGUUCAGCUGUCGGGUGCCUGUGUUUUAUGCGUUGACUCUCGCGCGCAUGAUGCGCGCGUGCUGGCUGGCCAGGAGGGUUACUGAGUGCGCUCAAGCGGGCGUUUUGCUUCACUGAGAGCAGGGGGGUUGAGUGUGGAGUGUGUAUGCAAGGUGGGGAUAUUGACUCUGAUGGCGGCAGACCACCGCUCCGGAGACACUCAUGCUUCUACGUGCACUCCCCGGGAAGGGAUGCUGCUAGCAGCUAGGCCAUGCUGGCUUCCCCUGCAUGAUUUCUGAAUGUGCCGAAGCUGUCUUUGUAGGAAGGAGCCGCAUUGUUGGACAACAAAACUUUACAGGAGCGUAACCAAUACACCAGAUAGAUACGCAGGAAGUGUAAACUUCAACUU